AUGACCCAGGAGUCUCUCACCAAUGCGGUCCCUUGUUUAGUCAUUAUUCUAUUAAUUGUUACAGAAUUUCAUUACGACCCCGAAUACUUCCGGUUCACCCCGGAAAUGAAAAUGGCCUUCGACGAGUGUGGAUAUAUCCUUGUCAGAGGAGUGCUGAGCGCUUCAGAAGUAAGCAAAGUAAAAAAUGCGGUGGAAAUCUCCAAAGAAAUCCAGGAAAAUGCCUUUGCGAUAGAUGACGGUGAAGGCGGGAAAAGCCGACUGUGUAUCUGGAGUCAUCCCGGAAAUGACAUCACAGGAAUGGUGGCCCGGUGCGAGAAAGUUGCCGGAGUGAGCGAAAAGUUACUUGGGGGAGAGGUCUACCAUUACCACACUAAACUCAUGAUGAAGGAAGCUCACACGGGAGGCAAAUUCGUAUGGCAUCAGGAUUACGGAUACUGGUACAAAAACGGCUUCCUGUUUCCAAACAUGCUGACGGUAUUUAUGCCUGUAGAUGAGUGUAACAGAGAUAACGGUUGUCUUCAGGUUCUGCGGGGGUCUCACAAAUGCGGCCGUAUCGAGCACCUGUUCAUCGGCGGACAGACCGGGGCCGACCUUGAAAGGGUGGAGCAACUGAAGAAAAAGUUACCUUUGGAAUUCGUGGAGAUGAAACCGGGUGACGGCCUGUAUUUCCACAGUAACCUUCUGCACAUGAGCUCCCCCAACAAGAGUCCGAACAGACGCUGGGCGUUCCUCGUGGCCUACAGCAGAGCCGAUAAUGAUGCCGUGUACGAACAUCACCUACCGUUUUGCACGCCAGUACAUGAGGUCCCGAACACGGCUGUGAUAGAUUGUGACGAUGUGGAUAUGUCUGGUAAAGGAUUUAUGGACCCUACUAGAGACAAGACUAUCAAGAGAGAAAGAGACAGUUAAGAAAAGACACAAAAAGGGAAAGAGAAAACUAGGGCGUGACAAAUUCUCGCGGUAUCGAGAGGGAAAGAGACAUAUUAUCGCGGUUAUCAAUAGGGAAAGAGACAUAUUCUCGCGGUUAUCAAGAGGGAAAGAGACAGUUAGGACGUGACAUAUAGUCACGGUUAUCUCACGUGUUUUAACGA